AUGUUCUGGGAUGAGGGCUGUGACUUUGGGAGGGUGUAUGUUCGGGAGGAAGGAGCCCUGCGCUGUGUGAACACUCCAGCACAGGGGGAGAAUCGGAAUCGUAAGAAUCGGUUCCUCUGGAGGGAUGUGAAUCAGGAGAAGUUGAUCCAGACUGACAGCGGGAAUCUGGAGAAUCGGUUCAUUUGCAGCUAUAACAGUGCCGGUGAUCUGCGCUACACACCCAGACCGCUGCUCGAUAUAUCGAUAGACUUUAUCGCCGGUAAUAUCGAGCAUGUGGAGUCUCUGGUGGGGUUUCCUGAGCAGAUGGCGGAGAGGUUCUUCAGGUGUGCAGAACAGAAGCAGAAGUUUUUAGAUCCCGGAUGUUCGGUCAGAUCGUUACAGGUGUUCAGUGAGUCUUAUGGAGGACUGGUGCUCAGAUCCCUCUGUCUCAGAGAGAGGUGUCUCCUGCUGUCGGAGCGAUGGGAGGAGAUUCAGGUGUUUCAUGGUCUGGAGACUUUAGAUCUUCAGGGCUGCAGAUUGGGAGACGGUCACAACUUGUUCACCCACCUGACAUCAGACGCGUGUUCCAGACUCGUCAGGCUGUUUUUGGGAGAGAACCGUUUAUCAGAUGAAGGGUUACAGAGACUGACCGCGCCCGUCCGUGUGAUGAGGAGGGGCCUGGAGAACCUGCAGCACUUGGACCUGUCCAGUAACCCACUGACGGAGAGGGGGCUGAGAUAUUUAACCUGCUUCCAGAAACUCCGAGAGCUGAACAUCUCAGACACCAACGUCAAGCUGGACGCAUCACUGGAGGCUUUCUUCAGGAGGAAGAUGGCGAUGGUGCUCUCGGUGUCACCGCUGCAGACCUUCAGUCACUCGCGGUGUGGAACCGAGGGCUGGGCAGAGCAGGUUAUAAAUCAGUGGGAACUAAAAGCUGCAGAAGCUCCCAAAAAGAUCCAGAUCCCCAAAACCAACGCGCUCCGAUUCUAUGGCAGAGAGAAGUUUGUGAAGGAGAACGUCCACGCCGCGUCUAACCAUCCCGUGACCGAAGAGAAGAAGACGAGUCCGAUCCUUCACUUCCAUAAGCCGGACCAUCACACGUCCUCACGGCGAGAGGAACCCGGCACAAAUCCCCACAGUCACCAGAACGUUUCCACCAGCACCAAGAGGAAACUCGGCACACGACACGAGGACGACGUUGAUCCGGGGCCGCCGACCAAACGAGGCGUGGCUUUAUCAGCUCAGGACCUGGAGCUGCUCAACAGUUACUGACCUUCUCCUGGACCCUCACACUUGUCUGUCUGGAGUCUAGAUCUUUCUAGACCCAUUUUUACCUUCUGGAUGGACUGGAUGAUAGGAACAUUGAUGUUUUUGGGGGGUACGGUGGGUACCGUGUGGUGUUGGUGCUUCCAAACUGUGAAGUAUUUCUCUACCACUUGUUCCACUUUGCUUUGUUUAUAUUUUUUAAUCAAUGCUGAAUAAAUAAAGAAAGA